AUGGCCCCGGCACACCCCGUACCUGCCACGUCCAGCCUUGUGGGCUCUCGAGAGCCAAGGCCACCUUUGAUCAGGCUGGACUCUGAAACCUGGGCCUGUGACACAGAGCAGAGAGACCUCAAGGAUCCCAGUACCUGUGGGCUGCCUGGUCCCCGUGGCCUGGCCCAGCUCAUCGGGGCCCCCGUGGUGGGAAAGGGAGGGGACGACCCCAGGGCCAAGGCAUGCAGGGCCCUGAUGGACGAGGUGGAGUAUGACGUCACCAAGGCUCGGCAGAAGACGACCAAGGUGGGCUCCUUCCGAAUAAAUCCUGACGGGACGCAGGAGAGGAGAAAGACCCCCCUAGCCCACUCGGAGGUUUUCCUAACAGACCUGUUGGACCAAGUGUGCGAGCGGAUGAACCACUACCAGCUGGAAGAAGAUUCCGUGACUCGGGAGAAGAAGUUUAAGAGGUUUGCUCCAAGGAAAGGAGACAGAAUAUACAAAGAAUUUAAAAAAUUCCAUUUUUAUUCUGAUGCUUACAGACCUUUGAAAUUCGCGUGCGAAGCUAUUAUAGAGGAGCAUGAAGACGAGAUAUUCUCACUUAUCGCCCAGGAGGCACACGACCUCGCUGACAAGCUGUGCAGUGAGAAAGCAGGUACUGUGUCUGAUGUAACAUGUGUCUUCCGCUCGCCCACCCCCCUCACCCGGCGCGGCAGCAUCUUUUUUUCAAACCGCCCUCGCUGCCUCCCCGCCACUACCACCACCACCACCACCACCACCGGCUCCGCACUGAGUCAGAAAGACCCCAUGUGA